UCCCUACUCUUCUUCUAUCAUUCAAACCUACGCAAGUGUGUGCAUAGCCACCCACGCUGUACAUAAGCAUGCAGAGAUCGUGACGAUUCCCACGGAAAGAGGCGCGCGGGUUUGAAUUAUCUUUAUCCAUGGAAAGCGUUGCGUUCGAGCUAUCUCCAAGAAGAAGGUUCAAGCGCAAUUCGAAGAAUUCAAAUUGGUUCAGGUCAUUUGGCUCGUACCUUUCAAAAUUCUCAUCCCAGGAAAAACGCUUGGGCUAGGCUACGAGAGAUUAAACGUCGAUUGGUCGGAUCCACAUACGCGCGUCGGAGUCCACGAACGAGGAACGAAUCCCUCCCUGAGCAGGGUCGCAUCGUGCGACGUAGCCCGAGGCUGUCCUCUCUUGCUGGGUGCCCAUUUUUCACGAGGUCUCUCUCUCCCACCUCGUAUUCCUCUCUCCUCCCUCUUUCUCUCCCUCCCUUAGACUCCCCGACUUCCCUCUUUUUUUCCUCUUUUAAUUCCAUGUUCUUUUUCUCCUUUUAAUCUCCCUUCGUGUAGCGUAGCCAACGCCCGUUCUCUUCGUCGCUCAUGCAACUUCUCUUUUCCUUCUCCUCCCUCCCUCUCUCUCUACUCCCCCCCCUCUCUCUUUCUCUUCAUCUCUCCUUCUCUUCAUCUCAUCAUGGACUCACGCAUAUGCCCUCCUCCUCCAUCCUCUCUCCAUCUUCGAUGUUCUCCCCUCCUUCAUGUUCCUUCUUGCUCUUUCAAUCCCGAGUCCAUCUCCGUUCGCGCAACUACGGCAGCAGCGGCAGCAACUUCGCUCUCUUCGGCAUCCGGCGUUCAGCAUAGACGUCUCUUAUCCGUAUAAGAGAGAAUCAAUCGGACGUACAUAUAUGAACGUACUUCGUCUCAGCGAAUCUCUCUCUCGCAGAUAUCUUUCUCGCAAUGGUGGUAGAAAGAAAGGAAGAAGAGACGAAACGAGCUCUCUUCUCCAUAAAGAAGAAGCUCUUUUUCUCUCAUUCUCUUUCUCUCUCUUUCGUUCAUCGCAUUCGCCACGUCCGUUCGACGAGAGAGAUGAGAGGAGAGCAUUUGAUGUGUGCGUACGCGCGUCUGCCUUACGAUGACUCGGAAAGAUGCCUCGAUCAUCCAAGGCAGACAGUUUCAGGCAGAAGAGGCUUUCUUUAUAGCCUGCGUAGAGAUAGGUCGAAUAAAAAGAGAUACUAUUGUAAAACAAAAACUUUUAUAAUAGAUAGAUGUAUCUAAGAUAUCUUUCCGUCUCAUGAGACAUCGACUAUCAUUCGACCAACAUCUGUUUAGCGUGUAUGUUCGGUGAAAUGACUUCACGUCCUUCUGUUAGACAUCCCUUUCGGAUACGGUUUGUGGUAUGUGGAUAUCCUUCUCAAGGUGGCAAGAUAAAGAGCGAGCGUUAUAAAAUCGAAGCGGGAAGGACAAGGGGAGAGAGAGAAGAUGGAAGCGGCGGCCAGGGCUCAGAUACGAUAAUCUUACGUGUGCGUGUCCUCCUUCUCGUUUCUAUAUCGCGGUCCUCUCUGCGGCUACCCUUCUCAAGGUAGUAAAGCCGAAGCGGGACGGAAACUACAAGAAUGAAGUCCGAAGUAAGAAGGACGCCAAGACGCCGCGAUAACAUACGUCUGCGCGGCCGUCUUUGUUCCGCUUGGACCGCAUGUAUCCUUCUCAAGUUAGCAACGCGGCUCGAAGCUGAAACCAGCGAGAGAACGAAAAAGAAAGAGAGAGGGAAAGAAAAAGAGGAGGUAGGGAAGGAGAGAAGAAAGAGAGAGACAAGUCAAAAAGACGGUAAAGCUGGACGGAGAGACAUGAUGAUGCACGUGUGCGUACAUCUCGAUCAUCUUCGUUCCUUCCACAGCAAUUCUCGGAUAUCCCUCUCGGCAGGUAGCUGAACAAAGAGGAGGAGAUGUAGAAGAAGCAGUACGUUAGAGAGAGACGAUUACAGAAACACGAUAAUGCCGGGUGGCCAGGAUCCCGCCUUGUUGAUGAUUCGAUGUUCUGUUUGUAUCUGUGUAACACGUCGGGGAGAGAUAGUUCCAUCCUGGUCACACUCAUCUGCGAGAGCUACGAGACUGUCCUUGUUGCUGGCUACCUGUACACCAACCCCACUAGCCUCCUACCUGUACCUAUAAUAUUCAUGUGUCUUUCUCUCUCUUUCCCCUUUCUCUCUCUCUCUCUCUCUCUCUCUCUCUCAACAGUGUCUCUUAUCCACUUGCACUUUGCCGAUCGUCUCACAGCCGACCACUCUCACCGUUCUCCUUGGGAGAGAAAGAAAGAGAGGAACGAUGGCUCGCCAGAGGAGCUUGAGGGUCUUCUACCAUUCUCUUCAUCUUUUCUGUCUUUCUCCAUCAGAAGUGGGAGGGCGAAGAAAGAGAAAGAGAAAGAAAAAAACGCAAACGCCGAAGGGAGAUAGUCUCUAAGGGAAGGCGUUAUGCGCAGGUAAACGCAAGAGCGAGAGUAAGGAGAGGAGGACGAGGGAGGAUGGAGCGAGGGAGGAUGGAGAGACCGUAGACGGAAAACAUGCGAAUGGGGACGAGUGGGAGAGAAAAAGAGACAGAGGGGGGAGGGCAGGCGAUAGAGAGACGCGCGAUCGUGUGUGAGACGCGAAUGAAAGGGAGGGGGGGAAUUCGAAGCACGGAGCUAACAGCGUGAUGCUGGGAGGCGGCAGCGGCGACGGCCAUAUUGCUGAUCUCGAGAGGCGAAAGAACGAUCCGAGAGAGCACCGUGAAGCUGCUGGGUUUAGUGGUCCAACCCAAGGUUUUAACGGUUAAAAUACUGUUUGUUGCUUCAGGCAAAGUUAGUGAGUACUAGUCUUUUUUAUUAAAAACGUUUAAAUUCCAAAAUCUUUCGUAUAGUUCAGUUCGGUUUCUAAGUUUUCAAGUUUCUCAGUGAUUGUAUGCGACGGUCAUCGUUGUCGCGCGCGUGAACGUGCAAGUGUGUGUCAAGCCGGUGCGCGAUUAUGCGAUUGAAAGUACAAACAGGAUACGGACAAGUCCCGUAGGAUACUAACGCAUAAAUUUGCAGAUCAGCGGUACGCUAAAAGUAUCGAAACGAGUACGGAACGACCGAAUGUGACACUUGAGACUCGGAGAAAUGUUAACGUAAUAAUGUGCGCGUAGUGAAUCGCGAUUGUGACAUCAGGUGAACAGGCGACGCGAUCAAAGGAGAGUUUCUUACCGAAAUAUUUCGCAGAACAACCAAUAGCUUCACCGGUCAAGAACGAGAGUCAACCAAGAGGAUAACUGCGGGCCCCCAAAGAAGGGUGCCCUGGAAAGAAGAAUAGUCCCAACGUCAGCGAAUUCGUUAAGACGACAGACGCCUCGGUCUAUGGAGAAGGUGGUGACACUAUCAUCCAUUGAGAUGUGAUCCAGAACAUAGGAGGGACACUUAGUAGUUUGUAGUUGGUCCCCAUCUCCCCCCUCUAUUACCCCAUUACCCCACUAGCCCCUUCGUGACUUCUACCACCUACUCUACCUUCCCCUCUCCCCUCGUACACAUGCACGUGUGAUAAUCCACUUCACCGGUAAAGCAACCACCGGAUCAGCAGCUUCUCUCGAAUACGCCGGCUACUCUACCGCUCAACGACACUUCUCCCUCCCUUUUAAUACGAUCUUAAUGAAUUUUUAUCGCCCGCUUUUCUUCAAAUAACGUGCCAUACAACCCUCAGCAACCUGUGAUAUAAUACUCGAUGACUAAUUUACAUAGACGUAGACAUCUAGUCGAAGACUAGAUCAGGCUGAAGGUUUCGUCGUCAAAAGAAAACUGCAAUUCCUAAAGACAACGACAAUUUAGCCUAUCAGAACAAGCAUUUAAGCAUUUUAAGCACGAGAAUUUUAGAAGAUUACAGUACGAGAAGAGAAAAAAGAAACGGGAGACGGCACCGGAGAAUGUCGACGUGCACCGACGAGGCCGAUAAUGCACCCUGCACUCUGUCUCCGGUGCAGGAGGCACCAGUCUCACCAGCGUCCUCCUCUCUGAGCAACCAAAAUCAAAACGAGAACGAGCAGGUCUUGCUGGCGACUAUGCAACCAGUAAACGUGCUCGAUCUGCACGAACCGCCGGCCGUGCAUACGCUCCAUCCCAAGUACCACCAUCACCAUCAUCGUCACCAUCACCAUCAUCAUCAUCAUCAUCAUCAUCACCAGCAGCAGCAACAACACAUUCAGGGCAACGAUUCGGAAGACGUACAGCAGCGCGCCGCAGCUGCGGACGACUCUGACGGGCGCGUGUCGCCUGAUGUUGAUGGACGCAGC